AUGGCCAAAUCCACCCGUUCCAAGGUCAAGCGCAGCUUCCGCGCAAAGAAGCGCACAGACGGUGUAUACGCCGCGGUCGAGGCCGCGCGCCUCAACCGCCUCCACAACAAGCUCAAGGCGAUAGCCACUACCGACCUCGAAGUUGCAGAUGAAGAGGAUGAUGAGAUGGAGGAGGGCGCCCGUAUGGAGACCGAAGGUGACGCAGCAGCAACAGCAGCAGGUUGCACGACGGCGCGGAUAUCGACGCACGGCCCGCGCAACUCGCGCCGCGAGUCCUGGCGCGAGUCCAAGGGCCUCGUCGGCCGCCCAAAAGUCAGCAGCACCAUGAACCGCCAGGGCGUGCCCGCUGCGCGCAGAAAGGCCGGUCGCUCGCAUCGCAGGCGAUGA